AGUCAAACAACGUUGAAAUGGAUUGGGUGUUGAAGCAUACUGGUCCAAAUAGUCCCGACACGGCCAAUGAUGGCUUUGUACGGCUUAGAGGACUCCCCUUUGGAUGUAGCAAGGAAGAAAUUGUUCAGUUCUUCUCAGGAAAGUGCUUUAAGCCCUUUUUGUAAGCUUGGGAAUGUAUCCACGGAAAGGAUUUUUCAUAGACGGAAUUUCCAGAAGUGAAUCAUAACUACUGUUAGAGCAUAAGAGUGCAUGAUUGUGCUGUGUAGAUCAGUUGUUUGUUGGAAAGUUUAGAUUGUAUGUGUGUCAAUUAUAUGACUUAAAGCAAUGUUUCAAUUUGUAUAUAAAAUGUUUAAAUGUGUAACUUUUUUUAAAAGUUGAAGUUCCACUAACUUAAAACAUUGAAAUAUAAAAUGAGGUAAAAGGUGUGUUUUAAGUUUAGUAACUGUUGUAUUUAAUGCUUGAAACUUUAUUAAAUUCUUGUGUAAUUCUCAACAUUAUUUUGCAUAGAUUAGAGUGUUAAUUGUUGAAUUCUUAAUGCAUCCUGUGUUUCAAGUGUUAUUGUUUUUUGUUUUUUUGUUUUUACAUACUAUGCCAUGGGGUGUGUUAAGAAUUGAGUUAUACUUUGUAAUAAUGGAACUUCAUAUUACUACAAUGCAUAUGUAAAGAGUACUUGUUGAAAACAUACCAUUCGCCUAAAGUUAAAAUUCUGGUUUAUUUAAAGCUAUAAGAAGAAUCAUUUCUGGGCUUGUGAUGUUAAUAUUGCCCCCCUACUGGGGUUAUUUGUCCUUGGGUUGAAGGGUUGGAAAUCGUGCCAAAUGGGAUAACAUUGCCGGUGGACUUCCAGGGGAGGAGUACGGGGGAGGCCUUCGUGCAGUUUGCUUCACAGGAAAUAGCUGAAAAGGCUCUAAAGAAACACAAGGAAAGAAUAGGGCACAGGUAUAUCGAAAUCUUUAAGAGCAGUCGAGCUGAAGUUAGAACUCACUAUGAUCCACCACGAAAACUUAUGGCCAUGCAGCGGCCAGGUCCCUAUGACAGACCUGGAGCUGGCAGAGGGUAUAACAGCAUUGGCAGGGGAGCUGGCUUUGAACGGAUGAGGCGUGGUGCUUAUGGUGGAGGUUAUGGAGGCUAUGAUGAUUAUAAUGGCUAUAAUGAUGGCUAUGGAUUUGGGUCGGAUAGAUUUGGAAGAGACCUCAAUUACUGUUUUUCAGGAAUGUCUGAUCACAGAUAUGGGGAUGGUGGCUCUACUUUCCAGAGCACAACAGGACAUUGUGUACACAUGAGGGGAUUACCUUACAGAGCUACUGAGAACGACAUUUAUAAUUUUUUUUCACCGCUCAACCCUGUGAGAGUACAUAUUGAAAUUGGUCCUGAUGGCAGAGUAACAGGUGAAGCAGAUGUCGAGUUUGCGACUCAUGAAGAUGCUGUGGCAGCGAUGUCAAAAGACAAAGCAAAUAUGCAACACAGAUAUGUAGAACUCUUCUUGAAUUCUACAGCAGGAGCAAGCGGUGGUGCUUACGAGCACAGAUAUGUAGAACUCUUCUUGAAUUCUACAGCAGGAGCAAGCGGUGGUGCUUAUGGUAGCCAAAUGAUGGGAGGCAUGGGCUUGUCAAACCAGUCCAGUUACGGCGGCCCAGCCAGUCAGCAGCUGAGUGGUGGUUAUGGAGGCGGCUAUGGUGGCCAGAGCAGCAUGAGUGGAUAUGGCAGCCAAGGAGCAGUGAACAGCAGCUACUACAGUAGCGGAAGCCGAGCAUCUGUGGGCGUGAACGGAAUGGGAGGGAUGUCUAGCAUGUCCAGUAUGAGUGGUGGAUGGGGAAUGUAACUGAUCCUGAUCACUGACUCUUGGUCACCGUUUUUUUAAAAGAGACAAAGUUUAACAGUUUUGCAAUACAGGCUUGUGAUUGAUGCUUAUCCUAAGUGGAAAUCAGGAUGUUUUAAAAGACUUGAGGUUCAGUAUUUUUGAACACAAACAUUCAUCUAGGAUGUAACAGCUGAGUAAACUAUAACUGUUAAACAAUUUUCAGCUUUUCUCUAGUUCUCUUGUAGGAUGUACUUAAGCAGCAAGUGUAUUUAGGUUAAAGCAGUUGAAUUAUGUUAAAUGUUGCUCUUCUACAUUACAUUGAACACUGUUGGGAUGCAUGUUGAAAGACAUGCUUUUUUUGUAAAACUCAAUAUAGGAGCUGUGUCUACAAUUAAAAGUGAACACAUUUGGCAUGUUUGUUAAUUCUAGUUUCAUUUAAUAACCUCUAAGGCACGUAAGUUGAAGCUUUUUUUUUUUUUUUUUAAGUUAAUGGGGGACUUUGAGACGCAACACCAUACGUUAGGAUUUUGGUCUUGGUGUUUGUAUGAAAUUCUGAGGCCUUGAUUUAAACCUUUCCUUGUAUCGUGAUUUCCUUUUAGGUGUAUUGCGCUAAGUGAAACUUGUCAAAUAAACCUUCCUUUUAAAAACUGCA